CCGCGCUCAUCCAAUACUGCUUCUCAGUCACGAGCACUGCGCGGAGAAUUCCUGACGGAGAUACACCGUGUGCUGCCGGACCUCAUCUGUUAGCAUCCAGGCCCACACCUGCUCUACUCGUCCUCGAUCGCGUCUGCCAAGACGAACGGAGGUUGCACGGAGCCUGCAGCGAAGCACGCUGUACCACGCAGCCUCAUGCCCAAGACGUUCCAGCCCGCGGACGCCCAUGUGGGAGAUAGAGAGGUGUGCGUUGUGAUCAAGAACGGCGUCGAACAGCAAGCUCACGUCCUCGAGCGCAACGAAGAAGACGUCUACGUGCAUUACGUCAAUACGGACAAACGCCUGGACGAGUGGGUCGCUGCGCGCGACGUGCGUCCUGCGGCAGGCGGCCUCGAGGCGGCCACGGUCACUAAUGGCGCGGGCCGCAAGAGGAAAAGAGGCUCUCUUGCGGGGGAGGGCUCGCGGGGAAAUGGCUCGCCCAGCAAGUCAGAUGCCGGCGCAGUGACGGUGAAGCCGGAGGAGCAUGACGGCGCAGUCGCGAUCACGGAGGAAGAGUACGACAUAGAGCACCACCAGCAGAUCACCGCAAAGAGGAACUUCGACAAGGUCGUAUUUGGGCGGUGGCAGAUCAAGACGUGGUACUUCUCGCCCUACCCUCUGUCCGAGGCUGAGGCGGACGACGGCGGCACGCCGAGCGUGCACACACCGCACUCUGCUGCAAAGAUCCCGGGCGUUUCGCGUGCCUCGAUCCGCGCGCACGGGCGCACUUCCGACCUUCUCGCAGGGGGCCUGGGGCGCAGCCACGGGCACACAGGCCAGCACGCGACGCUGUGGGUCUGCGACCGGUGCUUCAAGUACAUGGCAGAGGGCGUAUCUUGGGAACUGCACGUCAAAAAGUGUGGCCGGCGAAGUCCGCCAGGGCGUAAAGUCUAUCAGCGCGGCGCACACAUCAUCUGGGAGGUCGAUGGGGCGAAGGAGAAGCUGUACUGCCAGAAUCUGUCCCUGUUCGGCAAGCUCUUCAUUGACAUAAAGACCCUCUUUUUCGACUGCGACAACUUCUUGUUCUACAUCCUCACAGACGCGGACUCGCAGCGCGACCAUGUCCUAGGGUUCUUCUCGAAGGAGAAGGUGUCGUACGAUGACUACAACCUAGCCUGCAUCGUUGUGCUUCCGCCUUAUCAAAAGAAGGGCUACGGCAUGCUCCUCAUCGAAUUCAGCUACGAGCUCUCCCGGCGUGCGGGCAAGGUUGGCACGCCCGAGCGCCCGCUCUCCGACCUGGGGCUACGGAGCUACCUCACGUACUGGAUCUCGACGCUCGUGCGCUUCUUCCGACGGCUGCUGUCGGUGCUGCCUCCAGACACGGCGCAGGUCGUAACGACAGGCCCGGUCGGCGACGUCUCAGAUGCCUUCGUGCAGUCGCCCGCCCGUGACACCGAGGACGGCUCGUCCAUUUCGCGCACGAAGAAGCGGAAGAGCACAAAGGGCUGGGACGGCGAGGAGAUCCCUGCCGCGGCGCGCGCCCUGCGUACCGCGCAGGCGAAUGACAUGAACGACCCAAUGUGGGCGUCACUGCGUGCGCUGGAGACGACGGCGCAUGCGGACGGGAGCGCAACGACGCACGUCGUCGUGCGCUGCACGCUCGCGGACGUUGCACGCGCAACAAACUUGCGCGUCGAGGACGCCGCGUUCGCGCUGAACGAGUGCGGCCUGCUCGUGCGCCGCCGCGCGGACGACAGCCCGGAGGACGGGGAAGAUGCAAGCGAGGCGAGGGCGGUGAUUGCGGUGACGCGGGAGAUGGUCGAGGCCGUCGCGAAGCAGCGGGACGUGAAGCGGAUGUGCAUGGACCUCGCGCACGUUCUGCUCUGA